UUCAUUGGCGGCAGAAUUGUGGCGCUCCACUCUCCACAUACCUAAACCCUUAUCAUCUUCAUCACCCCCACCAUUUUUCCUCUCAGAAGCAGCAGCAGAAUCUCCUUUCACCACAUGGCCUCCAAUUUCACGCCGCUCCUCCUCCAUCCGCCUCCAAUCCGCCGCCGCACCCAAUUGGAGCUACCACUCCUCCCAACUCGGCGUCUCGUCCUCUUUUCUCCGGCCAUCUUUCUCAUGCUCUCUUCUCCGGCUAGGGCACAGGACAUUCCCCUGUUCGGCCUCAGGAAGAAACUGAAGAAGCUCGAGGAGGAUGCUGUGGAGGUAGUGAAGGAAGGGGAGAAGGUGGUGGAGGAAGGAAUUGUGGCCGCGGAGAAGGAAGUGGUAGCGGCGGAGGAGGGGAUCGCGGCGGCGGCGGCGGCGGCGGGAUUUGGUGCUUUUGGGGAUUUGGCGCAGGCUGAAGCAGUUGCAGGGGUGGAAGUCGUUGGGGUUCUUGUUGGAUUGUCCGUCGUUAAUGGGAUUCUCGGACCGGAAGGAAGAUGAGCUUGAAGAUGAGCAAUUCUGGUUUUUUUGCAGGAGCAUGUUGCACAAUUGCCAUUGGUUGGCUUUUGCUUGCCGUAAUAAUUAUUUAUCUGUUGUUAUUUUAAUGGUUUUGUGUAAAUUAUCUAUAGAAUUCGAUUCUUGGAAUGAAUUAUUUCGGUUUUUUUUUUA